AUCUCAUCCAUCAAUAACACUCGUUUCUGUAGCAGCUUGUUUGCUAGCUGUUGUUGUCCUGCAGGUUGUUUGAGGUAUUUGGAAAGAGAAUUUCACGAUGGCUGCGCUCCUUCUUCGGUCGCUUUGCACCAAAAAGGCUCCUGUUCACUUUGGUCGCAUGUGUUAUUCUUCUUCUUCAGUGCCCACCACAAAACUGUUCAUAGAUGGCAAGUUUGUUGAAUCUAACACAUCAGAGUGGAUUGACAUUCACAAUCCGGCCACUAAUGAGGUGGUAGGUCGUGUUCCUAAAGCAACUCAGGAGGAGAUGUUGGCUGCUGUGAACUCCUGCUCCAGAGCCUUCUCUUCUUGGUCUGAGACCUCCAUCUUGAGCAGACAGCAGAUCUUCCUCCGAUACCAACAACUCAUCAAAGACAACAUCAAAGAGCUGGCUAAACUGAUCACACUGGAGCAGGGGAAGACUCUGGCCGAUGCAGAAGGCGAUGUGUUCAGGGGACUGCAGGUGGUUGAGCACGCCUGCAGUAUCACCUCCCUAAUGCUGGGGGAGACUCUACCCUCCAUUACCAAAGACAUGGACACUUACACCUAUCGGCUCCCCCUGGGUGUGUGCGCGGGCAUUGCACCCUUUAACUUCCCGGCCAUGAUUCCUCUGUGGAUGUUCCCAAUCGGAAUGGUCUGUGGAAACACGUACCUGAUGAAGCCUUCAGAGAGGGUCCCGGGGUGCACCAUGCUUCUGGCCAAAAUGCUGCAGGAUUCAGGGGCGCCAGAUGGUACUCUCAAUAUUAUCCACGGACAGCACGCAGCUGUGAAUUUCAUCUGUGACCACCCGGCAAUCAAGGCCAUCAGCUUCGUGGGGUCAAACCAGGCCGGAGAAUACAUCUACGAGAGAGGCUCCAAGAAUGGCAAGAGAGUGCAGUCUAAUAUGGGAGCAAAGAACCAUGGUGUGGUGAUGCCUGAUGCCAACAAGGAGAAUACCCUGAACCAGCUGGUGGGGGCAGCGUUCGGAGCGGCCGGGCAGAGGUGCAUGGCCCUCUCCACUGCCAUCUUUGUGGGCGAGUCUCGUGAAUGGCUGCCGGAGUUGGUGGAGCGCUCCAAGUCCCUCAGAGUGAACGCAGGAGACCAGCCCGGCGCAGAUGUGGGGCCCCUGAUCUCUCCUGAGGCCAAAGCCAGAGUGGAGUCACUGAUCCAGAGCGGUGUGGAAGAGGGCGCCCAGGUCCUGCUCGAUGGCAGGAAGGUCCAAGUCAAGGGUUACGAAAACGGGAACUUUGUGGGACCCACCAUCAUCCACAAAGUCAAGCCUGACAUGACCUGCUACAAAGAGGAGAUCUUCGGUCCAGUUCUCAUCGUGUUGGAGGCCGAGACUUUGGACGACGCCAUUUCUUUAAUCAACAGCAAUCCCUAUGGCAACGGAACGGCCAUCUUUACCACCAACGGAGCCACGGCACGCAAAUUCACUCACGACGUGGAUGUGGGCCAGAUUGGUGUGAACGUUCCCAUCCCAGUACCUCUGCCCAUGUUUUCUUUCACCGGCUCCAGAGGCUCAUUCAGGGGAGACACAAACUUCUAUGGAAAACAGGGCAUCCAGUUUUACACUCAGAUCAAAACCGUGACGUCGCAGUGGAAAGCCGAGGACGCCACAGUAACCAGCCCCGCCGUUACCAUGCCAACAAUGGGCCGUUAAAUGGACUUGUGCAUAUCUUUAUAAACGCCUUAAAGCGACCAAUAAUGCUACAAUGGACAAUAAAGUUAUUUUUGCCCGAAGCACAAAAAUUUUACUUUUAGCACUUAAUUCAAAUGUCAAAUAUUUUAAUAAUAAUUAGACAUAUUGUUAUUCAAAUCAGAUUCUAGUGGAGUUAAGCAAAUUGUCAGUGGUAAUCUCUUUUCAAGAUGCACAAUCAGCUUAUAAAAAGGCCAAGUGAGUCCCUAAUUAAGGUUUUGAUCAAAUUACAUUAUGAAAUUAUGGCUUAUUAUUACAAAGUUGGUCUCUCAUUUUUUAAUAAAUGCAUAAAAAUAGACUAAAAGUAAUGAUAAAAAGGCCCACGUCUUGCUGAAUGGCACAAGGACAGUAUAUGCAAUACUGGCAGCAGGGAUCGAACCACCUAUACUCCAGUUACAUUAUUGGUGGCUUGAUUCAUGAAAAAAUAUAGUUUCUUCUCUAUUGUAGGAAAUUAGACACUGUUGUAGAGUUAAGGAUGAGAUUAGGACAUGGUUUUUGUACAACACACUGCAAAAAAAGUAUUUCUAAAUUAUCUGAAAUAAUUUGAAUUCAUAAUGUUAAUCUUAUUUGAGUAGUUUGGACUAGGUUAGUUACUUAAGUUUUAUUUGGACAUUUUUAUUACUAUAAUUCUUCAAGCCAUUUCCAAAAACUGCUGUAAAAUUUAAACCACUCAAAUCAAGAUUAAUAUUACGAAUUCAAGUAAUUUUGGAUCAUAUUUUGGAGCGGUAAGGGCUUAUUGAAUGUGUCUUUUUGCUGUGAAAUGUCCUACCAGUAGUUUUUUCUGUAUUUUCUUAGCUGACAAGGUGAACAGAUUGUAUUAUGGUUUAUUGUAAACUAAAAUGUGACAGAACUAUUGCAUUUUAAACCAUGUCUUCCACCUGCCUGUAGAGAUGUGUUUUCUAGUUUGUUCAUUUGUCAAGUCAUGAGCAUCUCUUACUCAAUGUAAAAAUAAAAACACCACAAUGUAUCUCUUGUAAACUCUUGUACACUGCAAAAAUAAAAUUCUAUGACUUAA